UAUUUACCAGCUGCCACAGAGCCCUGCAGACACACUGGUGAGAAACUCACAGUGAGCUUGGAGGAUGGCAAUGACAGGGCACCGUGGGACAGUCUGGCUUCUUCCUGUUGUCCUCCUUUACCUUCAGAUGGUGCAGACAGUCCUACCAAACGCAUGCAAGGUCAACAACGGGGACUGUGAGCAGUUCUGCAAAGCUGAUGAUGAGGGAGUUGUUUGUUCCUGUGCUGCUGGCUAUGCCCUAGGCACUGACUACAAAACCUGCUUUCCUGUAGUCAAGUUCCCAUGUGGUAAGCUUCAGAGAAAACAUAAAGCUGGUCGAGAGAAAGUCACAGGAACCACAGCAAGUCAAGAUGCUCAUCCUGAAAGUGAGGGAACAGCCACGGCCCCAAGCAGCCAUCCAGAGGUCACCGAGGAGGCUGACAAUUUACCCAUCACAGCCCCAUGGCAGGCUGUUCUGGUAGGAGAGAAAGAUGAUUGGUUUUGUGGGGGGACAAUUCUGAAUGAGUAUUUUGUACUUUCUGGAGCAUCUUGUGUUAAACACCUUAGAGAUUUACGGGUUCUUGUGGGGAUGGUGGACAGGGAAAAGGAAGAGCCAAGUAGAGCACUGCACAGAGUGGAAAAAAUAAUUGCACAUCCUGAAUUUGAUACACAAACUUUUGACAAAGACAUAGCCCUUCUCAAAUUGGAGGAACCUAUCACAUUUUCUGAGGAUGUUGUCCCAGCAUGCCUUCCAGAAGAGCACUUUGCUAAUGAUGUUCUGAUGAAUCAAACAUAUGGAAUUGUCAGUGGCUUUGGGAUAGAACAUUCGGGAUGGAUGCCUGUCAAAAGAAUGAAAGUGCUUCAAAUCCCUUAUGUGGACAGGGACACUUGCAAGCUCGCCCUUCGUGCUCCAGUCACAGAAAACAUGUUCUGUGCUGGUUAUGAUAAAGAUGGAAGAGAUGCCUGCAAUGGAGAUGGAGGAGGCCCCCAUGUGACCAAAUACCAUGGCACUUACUUUGUUACUGGUAUCAUCAGCUGGGGACAAGACUGUGGAAGGCCAGGGAAAUAUGGUGUGUACACCUACUUGUCAAAGUUCCUGCCGUGGGUAAGAAGUAUUUUGACAGAAAACUCUUAAGGGCUUGACAGUCAUUCAACCUGAUCCUUAAGUAAUAUUUUCCUCUUUUAAACAUGCUUGCUAAAAUUCUGAUAGUUUGUGAUAUAAAAAUGACCGAGACUCAAUAUUCUUCUGUUAAAGCUUUAAUUUAAUUAAUAAAAUUGCAAUAAGCAAAACAGCGCUGGGUGCGUGGAGAGUCUCCGCUCCACUCACACGGACGCGGUAAAGUUUAAUCUUUUAGUUUGUAUUACAUAUCUUAAUACAUAUUCAUAACUAUUCUAAUACAUAUUCAUGACUGUUCUAGGAAUAGGCUGGGUUAUGUUUAUUAGUUCUUGGAAGAGGCAGGCCUUCAAAGGUGCAUGCCCACUUUAUCUCUGAGGGUCUUUUUGACCCCCAUCUGGUGGUCGUUGGAUGAAGUCAGUGUCUGCCUCAGUUUCCCCUCUUGGUACCCUUUGAUUCCGCACAUGUGCUCCUUCGCUCUUUCCUGUGCAACACUCUGCAGUCAGCAGUAAAACCACCUGGAAUUGCAAUGCUAUGUGGUGAGCAGCAAAAUCAGCUGAGAUUAGCACAACGGAAUACACAUUGUAGCGUUUUCAAGGAGGGAAACUGUGGAUGUCUUGUUUCUCGUUCCCCUAAGCCUUGUAGUUACACAAAGAACAUUUAUGUUUGCAUCUUUCACAAUGUUGAAGGCAGAUACAUUAUUAGUACUCUCAAAAUGGGGUUAGCAAAAUACUUUAUAUAAGUUCAGUUAGUAAACACUUUAUAAUUAUUCAAAUAAUUAUUCAACAUGAAUUCACAAACACACAUAUUACAGUUUGUACUUCCCUUAAGAGGCAUCACCUCUGUCUUCAUGAGCUAAUACCUUGUUUUCAGAAGUGAGCUUGUACUUCAACCAGAGCUUGCUGGGUUUGAACGACAGUGAAACUUCUUCAAAUGUGAUAAUCUAGGAUUUAAUUCUGCUCUUGCAGUAAUAGCCUAAACUUGUCUAUUAGAGGUUUUGCCUGGACUGAUAAGCCCCCUCUCAUUGCAAGGCUGAACUAGAAACCUUUUUGUGGUAGUACCUCCUUUAUAGAAACGAAGCAGACAAAGAUAAUAUCAGACUAAGAAAGACAGUAUCUGAGUAGGACAGCAUUUUAAACGCCUCUAGAAAAGCUAUGUGAUUUUCUAGAUUUAUCUAUCUGUACACAGAAAAAGCUAAAAAAACAUGAAAGCCACCCACAUAUCCACAUUAAUCUAAAUAACCAGGCAUGUCACUAAAUCAAAUAAGUGAUUAAAUAAAGUUCAUUGAACUGGAAAGGCUUGCUUUAUCAUCACUAAAAUCAUUGGUGUUAUGAUGUUUUCUUGAUCUCCUUCUGAGAUAGUUUCUUCACCAUCAUUAUUCAUGUUGUAAUUUUGGCUCUAAUAAAAUGAAUGUUUUGCAUGCCCUACA